CUCACCAAUAAGUUUAUCCAUGGGAAUCUAUUUGAAAUGUUAAAAUUAAAACAGAAAUUGUCUUGUAUUUUAGAUGGUUCAACGACUAACUUUCCGUCGUCGACUAUCUUACAACACGAGGAGUAACAGCAGAAGGGUGUCAAAGACUCCAGGUGGUAAAUUGGUUUACCUGUACACAAAGAAACCUGGCAGUAUCCCAAAAUGUGGAGAUUGUAAAAUUAAACUACAUGGGAUUACACCAGCCAGGCCACUAAAAUUGAUGUCCAUGUCACGAAGACUGAAGACAGUUACCCGUUGUUAUGGAGGCAGUCGCUGUCAUAGAUGUGUGCGCGAGAGAAUUGUUCGGGCUUUCCUGAUCGAAGAACAGAAGAUUGUUGUCCGUGUAUUGAAAGCACAAGAGGCAUCCAAAAAAUAAACUGUUGUCAACAUAA